AUUUCCUAACCGAGAGACUUGACUGCCUUUGCUGUUUUCUACCAAUUGACCAAUCAGUUGACUUUGGACUAUCCGCGAACUCGAUCGAUUAUUAUAACACAAACUAGCAGGAAUGGCCAGCUUUGAACCUACCGAGCACCAGCAUACGCGUUACAAUCCUCUGAAUGGGCAAUGGAUUCUGGUUAGUCCACAUCGCAUGAGGCGCCCAUGGUCCGGACAGGAAGAGCAUCCACAACUACUCGAUAUACCCGAGUUUGAUCCAACCAAUCCCUUAUGUCCUGGUGUUACCCGUUCCAAUGGAAGCAAAAAUCCUAUUUACACUUCUACAUUCGUUUUCACGAAUGACUUUCCGGCAUUGCUAGAGGACGUACCUUUGCCGCCGGAGAGCGAUGAUCCCUUGUUUCAAACCGCUGGGGCCCGUGGAACUUGCAGGGUGAUGUGUUUUCUCCCCAAGUCCAAUAAGACCCUUCCGGUUAUGACACCGAAGGAAAUCCGAACUGUCAUUGAUGCUUGGAUAGCGGAAUUCAAAACACUGGCCAGCAAGUACACCUGGGUACAGAUUUUCGAGAACAAGGGUGCCAGUAUGGGUUGCUCGAACCCUCAUCCGCAUUGUCAGAUUUGGGCAUGUUCGUUUUUCCCCAAUGAACCCCGCAUAAAGGAUGAAAAGUUACGGGAAUAUUACCAGAAGCAUGGCACUGCAUUGCUCGAUGACUAUGCCAAUAAGGAGAUAACGAAAAAGGAACGGGUUGUCAUCGAAAAUGUGGAUUGGUUGGUGGUUGUACCAUUUUGGGCUAGUUGGCCUUUCGAGACAAUGAUCAUCUCACGUAAUGGAAAUCGCCGAAUUUCUGAUCUUAGCUUGCAGCAAAUCAAUAACUUGGCUAUUGUCAUCAAGGAAUUAACCACAAAAUACGACAACCUGUUCAAGUGUUCAUUCCCGUAUAGUAUGGGCUGGCAUGGGGCACCAACGGGAGAUUUAACCAGUCAAAACGAUAAGCACUGGACUCUGCAUGCUAUCUAUUAUCCGCCGUUGCUCCGUUCGGCCACAGUGCGGAAAUUUAUGGUGGGAUUCGAAUUGCUUUGUCAGCCUCAAAGAGAUCUCACACCCGAACAAGCGGCCAGUAGAUUACGCGAGCUCUGUGGCAAAAAACAUUACACCGAACAUAUUUAGGCUUUCUCAGUAGAUUGAAGGAUUAUCGGUGUAUUGGAAUGGUGUUGUUUAUUUUCAAUCGAUCAUCCGUUCGAAGUGCUAGAAUAUUGGUUUGUAGUUCAUGUAGCAAAGAUGCAACAUUGUAGCGUAGCCUAUGGAACAUUGAUACACUCAGCUCAAAGCUCAGGAAUUCUCCAUCGGUUUUCUGGAUGUGAAGAAUGAUGGUUGGGUGCCGUGACGAUGAUCUACAAGUAGAUAAUAAAUGACUCUUGUUUGUAAUUACAAUAAAGGGGUUAUUCAACUAA